AUGGACGCCGAGGGCUUCCCGGCCUUCCAGGAGCAGACCCAGGCAGCGCUGGUAGACGCCGUCAAGACGACCAACCGCAUUGCGUCCGGCGACCUUGCCUUCCACCGCUCCUUCGACUCGCCGACCAGCCGCAGCCUGACGGAGCAGAGCAACCGCCUGCUGAGCCUGACCAACUCGCUGCUGCGCAUCGCAUCCGCGAACAACCCGGACUCCCCCUUUAAUGCGUCGAGCUCUUCAGCAUCAGCGGAUUCGAAUUCAAGGAGCGGGAAGAACAAAAAGAAGAAGCCCAAGACGGUGCUGCGCGACGAGGACAGCGUGGAGGAGAACUGGAAGGAUGUAGUGGAUGUUAUCGACGAGCUUCUGGAGAAGGCCGAUGCAUGUCUGGACGAGUUCACAGGCGUGAUCAAGAAGUACGCUCCGGCGCAGGAAGCACAGAAGAAAGAGACGGCUGGAUUCCCGCGGAUGUACAGCCAUGGGUCGUCGAAGAUAGCGAAGCCACAGCUCCAAUUCGACGUCAAGCUAGACAACGCGGAUGAUGGACGGGCGUUCAGGCCGUUGCUGAAAAGCAAGCCUCAUGCCCUUGUUGGACUGGAGGAGAGUCUCGGGGGCAGCAUCCAAGAUCCUACCAAGCCGUACAACCAUCCGUAUGAGAAAGAGAUUGAGGCCUCGACGUAUCCGGCUCGAGUGUACGAAAAGGCCGAGCCAACGAUGUACACGCCCGUAGCCGACAGCAAGGCCAUCUUCGUCGAAACCCUGGAAGACGUGCACGCCAUGUUAUCGCAGCUGAAGCAGGCCAAGGAGAUCGCAGUCGACCUGGAGCACCAUGACAGCCACGUCUACCAUGGCCUGGUAUGUCUGAUGCAGAUCAGUACGCGCGAGCAGGACUGGAUCGUGGACACGCUGAAGCCAUGGCGUGACCAGCUCCAGGUGCUCAACGAGGUAUUUGCAGACCCGUCCAUCAUCAAGGUGCUGCAUGGCUCGAGCAUGGAUGUGAUAUGGCUGCAGCGGGAUCUGGGGCUGUAUCUGGUCGGGCUGUUCGAUACGUUCCAUGCUGCUAGCGCACUGCAGCUGCCGAAGAAGAGCCUGAAGUUCCUGCUGCAUGAGUACGUGGGCUUUGACGCCGACAAGCAGUAUCAGACGGCUGACUGGCGGAUACGGCCUCUGCUGGCGGGCAUGCUGGACUAUGCGAGGUCAGACACGCAUUUCCUGCUGUAUAUCUUUGACCGGCUGCGGAACCAGUUACUUGAAUUACUGCCGUCGUCGUCAGAAGAGAAGGAGUCAGGGCCGGGAGGAGGCGGACGGGAGGCCAUUGAGUAUGUGCUUGAACGGUCCAAGGAAUGCGCCCUGCAGCGCUACGAGCGGCCUACCUACGAUGCUGCUACGGGACGAGGCAGCGGCGGAUGGCACGAUAUGCUGUCCAACAGCCCCGUGGCGCUGACACGCGAGCAGUUCGCUGUCUUCCGGGCACUGCAUGAAUGGCGCGACAAGACUGCCCGCGCGGACGACGAGAGCCCGCAGACGGUGCUGUCGAAGCGGGCGCUGUUCCGGCUGGCGCAGGAGAUGCCAGAGGACAAGUUUGCGGUGCUGCGCAUGGGGUCUCCAGUCUCUGCGUCGCUGAGGAGCAGAACCGACGAGGUGGCUGGCCUGAUCCGCGAGGCAAGACAGCAAGGCGGCGCUACGGGGCCGGAGAUGCAUGAGCUGAUCCGGCGACGAUCUCCGGCCGGACAUGCGGCUGCAAGUUCGAGGAGGAUGGCUACGGCUGCUACUACGGCUACUGCUACUGGCAGAGCAGAGGAGGAGGCGGCGGCGGCGGCGGCGGUGGUGGUGGGUAGGGAUGGGGAUGGGGAUGGGGGUGCUGUGGAUCUCAGCAGGGCUACUGGUGCUGCUGGUGCUGGUGCUGGUGCUGGUGCAGCCGCCCUUGCAUCGUCCACUUCGACAUGUGCAGUGGGAGUGCGGACUACGGAGUCGCGGUUCUGGGGUCAAACCGGGCUAGAGAAUUGCAGUAUCAACUGCAACGAUGAUGAAUAUAAUCAUAAUGAUACUGAUAUUCAUGGAUACAGCGUGUCUGCAUCGACGCAGGCCCUGCAGCUAUCCCUGCCGCUCCCGAACAUGCCUGUCCGGCUGGUUGAGGGUGAAGUUCCCCGGCCAGUGGAAGACGAAGGAGAGCCAUCUGAGGAUGAAUCUGGAGAAGAUGAGGAGGAAGACGAAGGAGAAGAGGAAGAAGCAAAGGUGUCACAACGCAACGAGAUCUUCACUGUGAGACAGUUUGGAGCACCGCCGCGGAGGAGAGACGGUCUACGAGACGACACUGGUGAAACGGCGUUUGAUAAGGAUGCGUCUGAGAUCCUGCUGGACGAGGGCAGCGCCAGGAAGAAGAAGGAGAAGAAGAAGCAGCUGAAGCAGAGGUCCUCGCUGGGCAAACGACCGCGAGAUGAAGGCGAGGAGGCAGGCAGGCCGUUUGACUAUGCGAAUGCUGAGUCCCUGAUACACCGGGAGAAGCAGCAGAAGAAUCAGAAUCAGAAUCAGAAGCAGAAGCAGCAAGGCAACGGCCAGCGGUUCAAUCCGUACAGCAAGCUGCUGGAAGCGCCAUCUGGAGUCAAGAAGCCUCGCACCGAGACUGCCGGCCGCUCCCACACCUUCAGAUAG